CCUCAUCGACUUCAACAACAAUGACCUCAGAUGACAAGCCCCAGAUUCUCCUCCUCAGCCUCGCACACCGGGACUACCUCGACGUAUUGUACCACACGCUCCUCAGCAGACUAUACGAAGCUGCCCACAUCAAGCGCGCUAAACACCCAACAGCUGCCCUCCGAGAAAUGGCCGAGAACACCUUCAAAGCAAUCAUCAUCACAGAUGAAGCUCUGGCCGAGUCCUGCAACGUCGAAAACAUGGCAGUGCCGGACAAAGUCAAGGAAUACGUUCAUCAAGGCGGCCUUGUCAUAGUGGGCCUGCAUUUCCCUCGCUUCGCAUCCUCGGGCAUCGAAAAUUUCUUCCACGAGUUUGGCCUUUCUUGGUCGGAUGUGCCCGAGGGAACUGCAGUGUCAAUGUUACACGAGGCGUAUAGCAUGAACGCCACCCUUGUGAAGAAUGCUAGAGUCCGGAAAAGGGUGUAUGUUCCCAUCGAGGCCGCGAGACCGGGUUUUCUUGGGUUUCCAGCACAGGAACUGGUUAUGGAACAGACUCCCAUUGCUGCGGCGAGAGUUGGCCAGGGGCAUCUUGUUUAUUGUGGCGAUAUAAAUCGGGAGGCAGGCUCAACUUGUCUUAUCCUGGCACUUUGUGGGAUCCAGACCGCUAUAGACGCUGACUUGGCGGAGUCACAGGCCGCGAGGAUGGUUACGUUAUUCCGUAGGAGAAUGUGA